AUGUGGUUAAUAUGCUGCAAUAACCAACUCAGCCGCAGUGUCAAGCAGCCGAACCAGCAAAAUAUUUUAGGCAUUGGGCAAUUCACUGUCGUCCAUCGACUCAACAACAGCAUUGUUCGAAAGAUCCCCUCAGAUAAGUCAGACAUCUACAGCACCCGCGCGGUCGAGAUCGAAGCUCAAGUCUAUCGGCACCUCGGAAGACACAAACGCAUCGCGCGAUGUCUACACUGCAGCGAUAAUUAUAUUGAUACUCAAUAUGAGGCAAAUGGCGACCUAGAGUCAUAUUUGAGGGACCAUUGUGCGAGUGAUCGCUUCAGACAUCGGAUGGUUCGACAGGCCAUUGAAGCAGUCAUCUUCAUUCAUGGGAAAGGGGUUAUUCACUCCGACCUUUCCGCUCGACAAUUCCUUGUUGAUAAACGACGCAACGCUAGGCUAUGCGACUUUGGUGGAUCGUCAUUGCAUGGUCUGGAUGCCAUUAUCAUGGAGAACGCGACACAUUUUCUGCCGAGGGAUGAAGAUGCGCCGAACACGGUGCAAAGUGAUAUAUUUGCCCUCGGUUCCACUAUUUACGAGAUAUUGGUCGGUCACAAACCUUACGAGGGAUUGGAAGACGAAAAGAUCCAACAAUUAUAUUCGAACAAAACGUUUCCUUCACUAGACGAGAUAAGAGUUGUGCCAUGGAGGACCGUGAUUCUGAAAUGCUGGAUGAGCGAGUACAAAGUCACUUCAGAUAUUCUGAAAGAUAUCCCAGUCCCUCCUCUGAUCUUCUCCUGGCGCAGCUCUUGCACUGGAUGGACGAUAUGA